AUGCCUCAAGUUGGAUUUGAACCCAUGGCCGUCUGUAUUUUAGAGCAGAUAAUCAUUUCUUCAGAGAGUGGUUGUAGUAUCGAGGACCUGUCUAGCAAGUACAGUGCCUACGAGUCUCAACAUCACCAUCUACUGAGCUGUCUGGAGAAAACAACAACCUGGUACAAUGGACUGCAGGAGGAGCCAGCAGUACUGAGAACGGACCAGUCAGCAGACUUUACGAAUCGGCAGUAUCAGGAGACUGAGUACACCUAUAAUGGCAUCCCGUUCACACGCUCCUUAGGUUCACCCACUCCUCCUCUUACACCUAGCCCAUCCCGGGAGUUCGCCCUCAACCAGGGUAAGAACCACGCAGGUUCCAGCUGCUGUACUCGUUGGGCGCGCGGAAACCGCUACGAAGCCACGCCGACUUCACCCGAGGAUUCAGACCUUAACGACGUGCACAUUCAUGAUCCCAAUUCCAACCCCACCAUUAAGAAGGAGGACCUAUCCAUGGACUCGUACCCCAAGAUGAAUUGCACGACGACGGUCACCACGGCUAUCGUUACCGUGUCUCCACCAACUACAGCUGGAGAUGGUGACUCCUUGAACACAACGGUGAGCACAAGGUCAAGUCCAGGAGUUGUACGAGUCUCUGCACUAUAGCACAGGUCAGAAAGGACAGGCAUAAGGAGCCCUGACUACUAGUAACGAGCCGUUUUAUGUAAAGCUUGUCGUUAUUUGAUUGCCUUACAAAGAAAAAAUUCGCUGUGUUGAACUGUUGUUGUUUUGAGACUAAUGCCGAUGACCAUGAUGAUGGUGUUGAUGGGGGGGGGGGGGGGAGAAGGUAAUUAGCGAGACUAAAAAUGAAGAAAGUGAAGGUUUGCAGACAGCGGCAUCAUUUCCAGCAGGUGUAAAUUGACAUUCGGUCACACUCUGAGCACUUUACUGACACCACAUGGCUGAUCAUACUGGGGGAUACGCUGUGAAUCAAGCUGAUCAACAACAACAAAUGGAGGGGAUGCUCCACAUAAGACUGCUAUCCACUCACUGCAGUGUGGAUCAACAUUCUCACUAGACCCUCUGACUGGUGUCGUUUCCUGCUGAGGCAAAAUGUGCAUGAGUGUGUGAAAGCAAUUUGAAGGAUUUAUUGUUAUUGUCCGGUUUUAGUUUGAUUACUUUGAUUGUGGAAUGAAAAUGUAAGGAGCCCUUUUGUGAGUGUUGAAUGAUGGUCAAUGCUUACUGCAGCGUGCCGGAGCGGGGCAUGUAGGCCAAUAAUAGGCCAUCUCUAUAAUCGCUACGUGGUAUUAUGCUUCAACCUUGCUCUGUGUCAAAUAAUCCUAUUCCAUGUACCCCACAAAAAAAUAUAUAAAAUAAAAUAACCAAUUAAAAAAAAAACUUAAAAGGAAAGGAAAAAUAGGGAAAAAAACGCAAGAUUGCUGGAGAGAACAUUCUUAAUUCUGCUAAAGGCCACAAAUCAACAAGCUCCAAACAUGCAAGAACCAUGCGCGCCAGAUGCAAAUAUAACAGCAUAAUGACCUAAAUAUUAGUUAUUUGAUUUCACUUAAUGCAGUUACGGUUUAUAGAGUUCCUUGUUAGAGAGAAAAAAAAACUGAUAAGAUUAGGUGUCAUCUGCUGCAAGGAUCAUCCAGCAACAGCAGUCAGCUCAAAAAGCUGUCUGCAUUUAGCAACAAUUGUAACUGAAUAUUCGUUCGUCACCGUCCCACCCCCGAAGUCAAUUCAGUUAUAAAGUCUCAAGUUAUCACAAUAUGUCAAAUCAAAGGUAAUUAACUCCCUUGUUAAGUCACAAGCUGCGCUCCUGAUGAUUUUGUUGUUGUCAAGCACUUUCUAUACUCAUUAUUACUCAUAUUUUUCUCACAGGGCCAAGUGGGGCAAAUUGCUUGUUCAAGUCACAGGCAUACAACGUUGCACCUGAUCAGCUGAUUGCCUCAUUUUGGGUUGCUCAGCUGUGCCAUUAGAAAUUUGAAAACAUAGUACAAAGUCUCGCUGUUUCUGCCACUCUCCUGGUGUUUUGGUUGACAAACUGCAGUUGCUUGCCUGAAGUCAUGCAGUCGGCAACUGCCUUGAGACCCUACAAGUCUAUUGAGUAUCCAGACAGAUUUGGGUAGCCUUGAAUUCCUGGGUUGGUGUCUGAAGGUGUUGCAGGAGUUCUUUAUCAUGGCCAAAUGAUCCAAUAUGUGCAAGAACUUACACAGUCCUAAGAGGCUGAAAGUGCAUGAAGCAGCAGCACAUAGCUUUCAGACUAUAAAAAACAGAUAAAUAUGCUCUGACACAUGUGGCCAAUGUUUUUCCAUUAUAGAAAAGUGCAACUUCAAUUUCAUGGGGAUCAACUUUUUAUUUUUUAUUUUAUAUAAAUAAAUGUAGAAGUGACUACAAUCUGUGAGUGAUAUAAUGGAGGGGUGUUUAAGGCAGCUGUCAGGACACAAGUCCCCAUCUCACAGACAAACAGAAAGCCAUUCUUGCUUGAACCUAAUCUACUGACUGCUAUUAACAGAUGACAAUUGGAAAUUCAAGUUGCCUUGUAGAUCCACAAAACACAGUUGAUUGUUGAAAAAAAAGUGUGAAAUGUUGUAAAUAAUAAUCAAAGUUGUUAACUCCAAAUGAAAAGAAAAAAGUAUGUUGCAUAUCAAGGGGAAAUACUCCACAAACAAAAUGUUUUUAUGGGAUUGCAGAAAAAUGAUUAGCCCCAGAACAAAGAUGGAAAUAUUAAAGAGCCACAAGUAAUGUUAGUGGACAAUCUUCCAAGGAUGUACUUCUGUUUUUUAAUUUUUUUUAUCUCAAGCUCACUCUUUCCCAUUUCAUUGACACACCACAAAUUACCACGCUGCUUUUUAACCAGAUUCGGAGUGCAGCGCACUGUUGUACAUAUAUGCCCUCACAGCUCUCUAUCUAUAUUAUUAUAUAUGUAUAUUUAUUAACUAAUCAGAUUAUUCAAUAUAAUUUCAAUCAAAGAUCAAUAUUUGGUAGCAAGCUAUCAGACUGUAUUCAAAAUAUCCAAAUCAACCUGUGUAUGAUAUAGUCCUAGGUAUUAUAAACAAUACAUGUUCAAAAAUGUUUUCUGUAAAUGUUAUGAGUGUACAUGUAUACCAUCCAAAUGUGCAUCAACAAAAUGAUACAGAUUUUGUUUUUAAAGUUCCCAUUAUGUUGUGGAAACCUUAUUUAUUUGAUGUGAUACGAUAAGGUAUGGGGUUUGUUUCAACAGCGAUGGAUUGGUUUAAACAACAGUGUCUGUGGCAUGCUUGGAUGAAGAGACUGGUCAAGUAACAGAUUUCAAUUUGUUAGCUUGUGAAGUUGGUAGAUGUUUGUUUCUUUGUAUAUGCUUAAAUGAUUUUUCAUUAUUUGCAAUAAAUCAUUUUGUAUAAAGUUUGGUAUGUUUGGAGGUAUAUAAAAUAUGGCUUUCAUUUUCUCUUUUUCAUAAACAAACAAAAAAAGGAUGCAAUGCCCGCCAUAUUGGGUACGGUUUUAACUUAAACUUAAAUUGGGUUAUUUUUGUACAAAUGGUUGUAUUCAUAUUGUAAUUGUUAAUUUACACCAACUCUUGUAUUAAACCACUAUAGUGGAUUCGUAGGUUGAUUUCCACUCACAUUUAUUCUGUUUAAAACUCUAAUCCAAGAACAUGUAGAAAUUUGAAUUUGGCUGAGGUUUUGAUUCCGUAGAGCAGUGUACAAUAAUUGUUUUUAAAUCAUGGACUUCUUUCCCAUAUCUUGGUACAGGCUUUCCUUAUAGACCAAUCAUAUUCAAAUUUUAUUCCAUAUAACAUGGGAGGAGUCGGUCAUUCACCAGCUGCUUUGGAUACAUUUACAUAAACGUACAUGCAUUUACAUAAUUGUAUACUUACUUUGUUCCUGAUUGAACAAUUAACAAACAUACACAGUUAGUUUUAGAGAUAUACACAAUUUGUUUCCUCAUUGACCAUUCUAAACAUUGAAAUCUAUGUCAUGGUCAUGACAUUUUAAAUUCUGAUUUACUAACAGCUUUAUAUAACACCAAGGUACAUAAUUAUACUAAUCAGUUUAAAAUAUCAUAAGUUGUAGUGUAAUAAUUUGCAUAAUUGUUGAAAGGCAACCCCAAACAUGGCAUUACAGUCUCAUUCAUGUUACACACAAGUAAUAUUAAGAAUUCAUAGCCACUUGCUUUGCCAUCCUCGUACAAAGACAAACUGUAUCUAAACUAGUAACAUACACGUUGGCUACCCACUAGUUUAGGGUCCAAUUGCAAAGAGCUGCAAAAGCACAAUAUUCUGCUGAGCAAAAAUGAGCAGGAAACCAGUCAGAGUGUAUGCAGAAUGGUAUCUCUCGUCUGUUUUGUGCUUAAGCAGAAAAUGUUGCUUAAACAUUCUGUUUGACAAAGAUGAGCAGGAUAAGGGUUACAGAUUAUACAUGAGUGUUGCAUGACACUUUGGCUGGUAACCUUAUUCUGGUAAGCACAUUUUUGUUUUGCUUAGCUUAUUCGUGUGCAAUAAACAGCUUUAUUCUAUUAGGCUCUGGUUAGGUUUAAAUUGCAGUUUGUCAUUCAUUAAGCCAGAUAUUAGUUUCAGAACUUCACUAAAUCAUGAAUUAAACUCUCUUCUGGUUUUGGUAGAUUUAUACCAUCCAUUGAAGGUCGGCAUGUAGAUGUCAUACUGCAAAUAUGCAACUGUCGAGUUCUAAUAAAUAUAAGCACUGAGGGAUUAUGUAUGGAUUUGGGGCACUUCCAAUCUACACCCCCCUCCUCAGUAAUAGAUAACUAAAUAUACACAAUAAAAAACUAAAUAAGACCUGGCACAUUAUUAGAUUAUAUAUUUAUAAUUUAAUAUGGUUUGGGUACAGCACAUAUAUCAGUGUGAUGUACAGCAAUUGUUCCAACAAGAAUCAUAUUUGCUUUUGGAGUGUGGAUGAGGCCUUGGCCAAGUUUCAUAAUAUUAUGAUGUCAUGCAGAAAACAUGGCUUAGCCAUUGUUUAAAGGUGCUCAGCCAAAAUGUAAGUAGGACACCAGGUAAGAAUGUAUAUGGAAUUUUGACUGGUGGCCUAUUCCUGCUAAGCAGGAUUUUUUGUGCUUAGCACGUUUUUGUGCUGGUAUUUACUUUAUGAAUAGAGCUGCACAAUCAGGCAAGUUUGCUUGACAGUGGUGUGUUAAGAAAAGACUAGCAGGACACCAGUCAAAGGUGGCAUGUGAUAUGGUAAAUUUGGCUGGUAGCCUUAAUCUGAUAAGAGUCAUUUGUUUGUGCUUAGCAGUUCUUCGACAUUGUUGGCCGAGUUGGUCAGUUUAACCAAGCAAAUUCAUGGUUCAGCAGAUUGAGGUAAAGUUGGAUCUUCAUAGUACAGAGUGAACACCAGUUAAAUAGUGGUGAUGUGCUGUGCAAUCUCAAUAUAAAGCCUGGUGAGCCAGUUGUCGGCAAGAGCCCAAUCUUAUAACACCAAACACUGAUUGACAGUUCUCUGCUAAGCAAAAAUAAGCAGGAUACCAGUCACAGAUGGUACAUUUGGAUUGGUAUUUUGUCGGGUUACCUUAUUCUGGUAAGCAUAUUGUACUAAGCUCAUUGUUGUUCUUAACAGCUCUGUGAAAUUGGGCCCUGGUCCCGUGCUCGAUGUAUAGGACUGCGAAGCCAAAAUUAAAACAUAUUAAACAUUUGUAAUUUAUUAUGUUUUCUUUGGGUGAACCAUACAGCUAUAAGCGGUUUAUUUGUGAUGUUCUGAAAUUGAUUAUUGGCAUCUUCAGUAUUGCACAAGUGGAUUUAUGGUAUCUCAUAUUUAUUAACUCCAUUUAUAAGGUUGAUUAAGAAUACAAAGCUGAGUAUUUUUCUUUUUCGGCUAAGCAUAGACACCUGAGGAACAUCAGAUGUUUUGCCCAAACCAGUUUGCUCAAAAAUUUCUUUAAGUUUCUUAUCCAGCAAUGUUUUAUGAUACCUCAUAUUCGUUAACUGAAUUUCUUAAAAGGUUUAUUGCCAGGACAAAGCUGAGUAUUAUUCUUUAUUCUCUGUAUGGACUAAGCACAGUGCCCCGAGGAACUCCCAGAGGUGUGUUUGUGUAAUUACAUAAUAGUUAAAACAUUUUACAGUACCUGGUAAUAAUUUCAGUCUGAAGAAACCAGACACAAAUUUGUAAAGAAGUUUCAGUUGAAAGUCGACAGAUAUUCCUUCUUGAUGUAACAAAAAAUUACCACUAGGUGCAAGUUA